AACAUCAAUGAUUCAGUUUUGACUUUUGACAGUUAAAUUUCCAAAAAUUAUUUAUGUUAUAAAUUUUUAAUAUAUAAAUUGUAAUAUGGAGAAUGAAGAGAAAAUCAAUCAAUUUGAAGCGAUAACUGGAGUUUCUAAAGAACGUGCAAAAUUUCAUCUAGAGUCAGCAGCCUGGCAACUUGAGGUUGCCCUAGCUAGUUUUUAUGAACAUGGAGGAGAUGAUGAAGACGGCAACGUUGAAGAUGAUACUAACUCUCCUCCACAAAGUGAAUCUGCUGAGGUGACACAACCUCCACAAUCAAGGCAGACGUCCAAGCCUAAUUCUAGAAACAAUUCCAGAUUUGCAACUGUGCAGUCACUACAACAAUCUCAAGUUUCUUCUGAUGAAGAGGAAGGUCAAGCAUUUUAUGCCGGUGGUUCUAGAAAUUCAGGACAACAAAUACUUGGCCCACCUAAGAAACGAGAUAUCGUAGCUGAUAUGUUCAAAGCUGUGCAAGAGCAUGCUAGUGAAGUGUUAGAUCCUCAGCAUUCAACUUCGUCAUCUACACCAAGAACUUUUCAAGGAGUGGGUUAUAGAUUAGGUCAAACUCCCGAAGAUAGUACUGCUGUAUCAACUCCAAAAACAGAAAACAAUGAACCUACAACUGUAGUUCUGAAAUUAUGGAGAGAUGGUUUCACACUUGGCGAUGGUCCUAUGCGCAUGUACAGUGAUCCUGAAAACGGCGAAUUUUUAGAUCAUAUCAAAAAGGGAGAGAUUCCUCCUGAACUGAUUCAAGAGGCACAUGGUGCGGAGGUACAUUUAGACUUAGAAGAUCAUCGACAUGAACAAUAUAUUCCACCCAAAACCAAAGUUGCCGCGUUUUCGGGAAAGGGUCACACUCUUGGCAGCCCUGCCCCCAAUGUGGUGUCAGCGCCUAAAUUGCCCACAAAUUCACCUACCGCAGAGAAAGACAAUGAACAAGCUGCUGUAACUGGAUUGGCCACAGAUGAGUCAUCUCCAAGCACAAAUAUACAAGUUCGAUUAUCUGAUGGUUCUCGUCUGUCUGGUCGAUUCAAUCACUCUCACACAAUAGGUGAUCUGAGAAGAUAUAUCACAACAGCUCGGCCACAAUAUGAAAACACCAACUUCUCGCUUUUGACUACUUUUCCAAGUCGUGAAUUAUCGAAUUUAGAGGAGACAGUUGCUCAAGCAGGUUUAUUGAAUGCCGCAGUUAUGCAAAGAUUAAAUGACAUGCAAGAACCAGAAAUAAUUCAUGAACGGCAACAUGUACGAUUUAAUUUAGAAAAAGCUGAAUCAUACUGGGAGUCUAUUGGUAGGGGAUAUGUCUUAGGCGAAGAUUUAAAAGAAAUAAAUAAGAACAAAGCUUCAACAGCGAGCACUGUGCAUACUUCUAAUUCAAAUUCAGACACUGUUGAUAAAACUUUAGAUAAUGCAGGGAGUGAUUCUUAUUGGAAUGAUAAUGAAAAUUAUUGAACAUGAAGAUAACAAAUAUAAAAACUACAGUAUUUAAUAUAUUAUUCAUUAAUUAAACAUG